AUGGAUAUUGCAAGACCUUCCAAUUCUUGUUCUGUUUCUAGUUACAUUUCUUCUCAGGGGAGAAAAUCUAAAUGGUGUGAGAAAGCCACAGAGUUUCUCUGCAGUGCCUGCUUGCUGUGCAUUUCGUGCCCAUUAGCCGUUGUCUGGUGUUGCAUCAAGGUUCCGUGCAAGGUCGGAUGGCAUGCCGCGCAGCAUGCAAGGCACUGUGCUUGUGGAUCAGAGAAGAGAGUUUAUGCAUCCUAUUCUUCAUUUUCUGACAUUGACUUGGAUAUUCUGCCUGGUAAGGCUCAUAGCACAUGCUCCGAAACAUUGAAAGCUCCUUGGCAACGUAAGAAGUCUGCAGCAAACAAAACCUUAAACUAA